UACCGCCGCGCAUCAGCAAACUGCAGCAGCGCCGCACGCCUCUGAAAAACCGGAAUAUAUGGCAAGUGGACAGGGACGGGUGCUGUGUACGAAGUGGAAUUUCUGAGAGGAAAGAAGAAGAAAAAAGCUGGGGAGAGAGUGAAGUUUCAGCGGCGUGAGGAUAGCACUUUGUUUUCUGGUUGGUGUUGUAGUUUCCAGCGACUCUGCCUUGAAGUAGAUUUUUAAGCAGAGACUCAUUCGGCUUCUCGGUUCCUCCUCCCCCCUUCCCCCGAAACUCAACCAAAAUACUCCAACUCUUGUCCUGUGCACCCUGGAGGAUAUUACCGCACUUUGACUUAUCGUCCUCUCUGAGCCCAGCUGUGUUUGCUGCCCAGCCUGGAUAAGACUUUACUAUGGAUGAACCCCUGAAAGGGACGAUCGACUGCAGCUGAAAAUCUUAAAUAGCAUCAGGACCAUGUGGAAAAACUUGCUUACAGGAGUCCACUAUCCCUUCUCAAGCUGUUGUUAAGCUUUGCGCAGAACAAUCAAGGCAGAAUGACUGAGGUGUGUUCCUCCGUGGUGAAAACACAUCUUAUCAGAAGUAUCAGACCGCUGAUAAUGAAAGGCUUCCCCAAACGAAGAGUUGGAUUUUAAUUUUUUGUGUUGAGUUGUAUUUUUAUUUUAUUUUUUUUAAUUGGAAAGACUUCUGUAUUACAGAUAUAGUAAAACAGACUUCUACAUGAGCUGCUGCAAUGGACUAGAAGCCCAUGUGUAGCAGGACAGCUGCUGCAGCUCGUGGAAUAACGUAGCCCCAGACUGUUGGGGACUCCCUCCUUCAGGGGCCGAGGGAUCUGUUCCCAGCCCCAACCUGCCCUGUCGUCUGACCAUCCCACCUGUCUGAACGCAGACCCCGCUAUCCAAUGGCAUGGGUCAAAUUCUUCAGGAAGCCGGGGGGCAAUCUGGGGAAAUCUUACCAGCCGGGGAGCAUGCUGUCUCUGGCCCCCACCAAAGGACUGCUGAAUGAGCCAGGCCAGAACAGCUGCUUCCUCAACAGUGCUGUGCAGGUACUGUGGCAGCUGGACAUCUUCAGACGCAGUUUGAGGCAGCUCCCUGGACACUUCUGUUUAGGAGAGUCAUGCAUCUUUUGUGCGUUAAAGGGCAUUUUCUCCCAGUUCCAGCACAGUCGGGAGCGAGCCCUGCCCUCUGACAACCUGCGUCACGCCUUGGCAGAGACCUUUAAGGACGAGCAGCGCUUCCAGCUGGGCUUCAUGGAUGAUGCCGCGGAGUGCUUUGAGAACAUACUAGAGAGGAUCCACCUGCACAUUGUGCCUGAGGAGACAGAUUCCUGCACUUCACAGUCUUGCAUCACUCAUCAGAAGUUUGCUAUGUCAGUUUACGAGCAGUCCGUGUGCCGUAGCUGUGGGGCAUCAUCCGACCCACUGCCGUUCACUGAGCUGGUGCAUUAUAUCUCUACCACUGCACUCUGUCAACAGUCGCUUCAGCGCAGAGACGAGUCGUUUGGGGAUCUGUUACAAGCAGCGAGUACGAUAGGGGACCUUCGCAACUGUCCAAGCAACUGUGGUCAGAGGAUAAAGAUCAGACGGGUCCUCAUGAACUCCCCAGAAAUAGUUACCAUAGGCUUCGUCUGGGACUCCGACCAAUCAGACCUCACUGAGGAUGUUAUCCGCUCACUUGGACCUCAUCUCAGUCUCUCUGCGCUUUUCUACAGGGUAACAGAUGAACAUGCCAAAAAGGGAGAGCUGCAGCUCGUGGGGAUGAUCUGCUAUUCCAGCCGCCACUACUGUGCCUUCGCCUUCCACACCAAGUCCUCCAAGUGGGUCUUCUUUGAUGAUGCCACAGUGAAAGAGAUUGGCUCCAGGUGGAAAGAUGUGGUCACCAAAUGCAUCAAAGGUCACUUCCAGCCUCUCCUCCUCUUUUACUCCAACCCUGACGGGAGUGCUAUCAUCGCGGAUGAUGCCUCAAGACAGAACAGCAGCCAGUCCCAAGUGCAAGGCUUUGAGUCUCCAGUGUCAGCAACUAAAAAACUGGACCUCACCAAAGACAAUCUUAACGCUUUGUUGAGCCAAGGCUCCUUCAAACAGAAGACCCCUUCAACCUUCAGCAGGAGCAGCGCUCAGACCAGCGGAGGCCGGGGACCAGUGAAAAUUACCACCACUGAUCCCAAGAGUCGCCUCAGGGAGAUUUCUCGAGAAGUUGCCCAGAGAGCAGGAGAGGUGCGUGGGAUGCAUCCAUCCAGAAGAGAGCCUGACAGGAGCGGUCAGCGGAGGCCGGAGUUACGUCACAGAGAUCAGGGUCAGGACAGGACGUACUCCCGCUCCGUCUCCCCUCCAGAGAAUGGCUUCAAGCAACACCUGGAGACUCGACUGUACAGCAGCCAAGGAAAAGGUCCCACUCGGACUGAGCGAACACCCCACUUUGGUGGUCGGUCCUCCUAUGAACCCGCUCGCUCUCACUCCAGAGUCCAAGUGCUACCCAGUGUGCCUGUUAUUAGCAGUGGCAAUCAUAGCCGGAGACUAGACGAGCUGUCCAAUGGAUAUGAUACUGACAGCAGCCAAGACUCCCGAGAGCGUCCUGGAAGUGGAGGGAACAGUCGCAGCAGGUCUAGCCGCCCGUGGAAGCCUAUGCGGGAGGCACUAAAUGUGGACAGUGUUAUAAGUGCCAUUGGUGAUGGUAAUUCAGUAAGUCAACAGCGAAGGCAGCAUAGUCCCCGGAGAAGACCCAGCAGUCAGUCUCCCUCCCGUGACCGAGAGCAAGACAGAGAGUUUACGUGGGGAGGCCGGGAAGAACGUAAACCCAAGAGCCUGAUGACCAUCUACGAGGAUGAGCAGAGGCAUGAAACUGGUGGCAGCCGAAGCUCGCUGGACUCAGAUGGCCGGGGCGGCUACAGCGACAAGGACAGGUCAAAAGGCUCUGCAACUCUGAAAAUGCGGAAUGACAACUGGAAGAUCCAGCGAACUGAAUCUGGAUAUGAAAGUAGUGACAGACUGAGCAAUGGCUCAGCAAACCUUGACUCACCUGUGGUAGAGAACCUUUCUUCCAAGGACCUGCGGCCCAUACCUGAGUUGCAUCUGACAAGGGAUCACUUCCCUCCGAGAAGCAGUGAUGAUCUGAAGGCUGACAUGCUUCACUCUACGUUUUCCACUGAUGAACAAGGAAGAAAAUCUCCAGAUCUGCAAGAUGCAAACAUAAUCUCUGGUCACCCCGUUCAAAGACGAAGAGCCUUCCGGUACACUCCUGGAAUCUUGGAAAAGAACAAUGGUCUGGACAGCGAACAAGAAGAAAAUGUGGAUGGUAGUAGCCCUGUGAGCCCUGUGCCUCCUUACUUAGCAAAGACCAGCAGUUCUGAGUGGAACAGCUCAGAUGACCUUGCUGGACCCUUCUCUGAACAAGAAGAGACUGGCACCGCUGCCCACUUAGACACUUUCACGCACAACCAUCCUCCCCCUUUACCCCCCAAGCCCUUUGGCAGCAGUCACACUGACCCAUCUAGCGUCCACUCCCAACCGCCGGAGGUGCCAACACGGUCGAGCCCCCGCAGUGAACCCAAAAAUGGCUCGUCGCCCCUCUCGCACACCAUCCUCCGUCGGUGGAUUGAGACACCUGCCGAGCACAGGCUUUCAUCCGACGCCAGCUCCAAGUCGGGGUCAUCGGACCAGGACAGGAACAAUCUGUCGGCCAGCGAGAGCGACGAGAGGUUACCCAGUCCAAAGCCUGGCCACGAUGAUGGUACAGACUCCCCUACUCUGACAGAUAUGGUUCUUCCCACCACUUACUUUUCUGUGGAUAACUGUAUGACAGACACUUACCGGGCCAAAUACCAUAAGAGGCCUGCCUUAUACAUGAAGGCAGAGGACCAUGCGUCAUCAGGGGAGAGUGAUGCUGAAGGGAGAGGGCUCCCUCUGCCAGAUGUUCAGCCACCAGAGCCUUCCAAAAGCCGAUCAGAAUCAGGCUAUUCUACCACUAAGUCUACUGCAAAGUGGAAUCCAGUUACUCCAAAAGGACUUGAUGAGCAUGGUUUCCUAUGAUUUUAGCAUCAAAGACUUGGACUGGAUGCCCAAAGGAAUUGUUAUGCACUAGACUUCUGCACAGUUUGACUCCUUCUGACUGGGAUGUGUAUUUACGUAUGAACUUGUUGUAAAAGUUACAAAGUUGGACAUGAACUGGAUGCCAAAGAGAUUGUAAAAAGAGCGACAGGUGUCCUUAAUAGCUGUCUGGCUGUUUUGGUUUAAACUAUAAAAGCUUUGAAUGAAUAGUGAAUUUGCACAGUAGGUAGCGCCAGAAUGGUACAGAUAAAGAAACAUGCCUAAAAUAUUUUUCCGUUGAUGAUUUUUGAGCUUUUGGAGCUCAGAAGCAAAGGGUUAGGUGAGUAAAGAAUGUGUCACAAAGCGUCACUUUACCACACAAGAGAUUAAAAGAUUUAUUUUACAUGAAGAGAUAACCAAUGUCUUGCAGUUCUGCUUUCUCACACUCUAUCAAAUGCUUUUAUUUGUUUAACGGCUCACAUUUCAGUGUUAUGGGGUGCCUGCCCCAGUUCUGUCUAUUUUUGACAUUACCCUUCAGUUUUCAGUGGGUUUUGAAGAACAUAAGGUUCCAUGUUUUUUGGUAGAUUUUGGAAAGUAAUUCUACAUAUUGGACACUCUCUUGACACGACUUAAAAAUGGAUCCCAAGGAUCCGUGUGAAUAUGAAGCUCAAGGAUACCCACAUUGGUUUUUGGCCCAUAAGACCUCUGUUAAGGUUGAACAACUUGGAGUUUUGUUGGUACGUGGUGUUUAAUGACCUCUGCAAAUAACUGGCAAAGGUUUUUCUUUUAUCUCACCCUCUGUCAAACUCCUUACAAGAGCAGGUCUGGGUCUAAUAUACCAAGUCUGACCAGCAGUGUGGGUGUCCAGGGGCUAUAAGGUGAAUGGGUAAACAUGUUAAAUUGAUUGCAUAUUGGUUAAGAAUAUUAUGUAGCACGAGGCACUCCUGCAUACGUCCCAUCAUUCGCACAUAUUUAGUGUGUUUUAUGUCUUUGCACUGUAUUUCUGAUGAAUUAUUAUUCUUUUCACACUCCUUACAGUUAUAUCCUUCCAUUUAUUUGUCUAAUUUCUGAGUUUUCUGUCUCACUUCUUAAAGUAGCUCCUAAUAGGACAUGGACAUGCAAGGAUUCAAAAGCUUCAUUUAGAAAUAGACAGGGCUUGCUUUUUGAGGGUUGUUAUCAAUAACAUGUUGUAAACCUGAGUAGUGGACUGUUUUUGUUUUAAAAUGUUUUAUAUAUGCAGCGGACUCUAAUGCACAGUGCCUUUUGUAUUUUUCUAUGUCAGGACAAGAUUAAAUUGGAGCCAUGAUUUGUACAAUUCUUUGAUUUUAAAGAAUUUUUGUAACAUUUAAUUUUAUUUUUAUUGAUUAACAGUUGUUAAAUAAACAGUUUUAUUUAACCAUA